AUGGUUGGAGGAGAAGAUGGUUGGACAGUACCAAAAUCGAGGACUCAUGGAGAUAUGUUUAACCAAUGGGCUUCAGACAACCGGUUUAAAGUUGGCGACACUGUCCGUUUCAAGUACAAGAAAGACUCGGUGUUAGUGGUGUCAGAAGAAGAGUACAAGAAAUGCAAGGCGACUAAACCACAACUCUAUUCGAACAACCAAGAUACGGUUUUCACGCUAGACCGUCCCGGUUUGUUUUACUUCAUUAGCGGUGUCUCGGGCCACUGCGAAAAGGGUCAGAAGAUGAUCAUAAAAGUCAUGGAGACGGAUUCUUCGCCAGAUUCUCCUCCUCCUUCGUCGUCUUCAUCUUCCCCGUCGUCUUCAUCUCUCCCGGCGACAAGUCACAAGAAGAGCAAUGCCUUGAAAACAGCAGUCCAGUUCAGCAGUUCCGCUUUUGUUGUCUUGGCGAUUUAA